AUGAACGCUACCAUCUUUUUUCUUCUUCUUCCUGUUCUGGCGUGUCUUCUGGGACCCGUGCUCACUUCCGGUCCGCUCAGUCCAUCCGAGAACCAGGAAAGACUCGCAAUAUGCGGAACGAAACACAAAACAGACAGCAAUUUUACGAAAGAAGCGGAGAAUCAGGAGAGAAGUGAGCAAUAGCCAUCGGAAGAAAUGGACAUCACGGUCUCCAGAGCUGACAAUGGACGCAAGUGCGCCCCAAGCCCAAUAGAGCGAUACAUUGGCGCGAAAUUCAAAUUUUAACAGCAAAAUUUGUGUUUUUUGCCAGAUUAGUCACGAAAAAUCGAUAAUUUCUCAUUUGUCUCUCGAUAGACCGAUUGUAUAGGCUAUUACAAAUUUCUUAAGCGCAACAGCGUUAAUUUUGGUCAAGUCGCAAAUAACAUUUAUCCGUUUGAAGGUUUCUGGCUAAAAUUGCGUGAAUUUCAGUUGCUUUUCGGUAAUUUUCGCGGUUCGAGCGCUCAAAAUGUUCGUUUUUUUUUUAAUCAUUCUCAAAACCAAUUCUGUCGGAAAACGGUCAAGAAAGCGCAAAAUGAGAAGUGCGGUUUUUAGGCGGCGAAGGCGAAAAAGCAAAGUCCGCGAAAAAUGCGCCAAAUUAAUUCUGAUCAUUAAUUCUGAGAAUUAGUGUGUUUUCAUGACGAACAAUCGUUUUUCAUCGCCUUUGACCAAAAAAAUCAGAGAAAACCUGCUCAAUUCAUGAAAACGCCAUUUGGCCGCCAAGGCCACGCCCAUAUUGUCAGCUCUGGAGACCGUGACAUAGAUUCUUGUUAAGGGAGUAUCUACGGUGGAAGAAGCGCGACAGCCCUCGAAGUUCCUUGGGCGGUUCGGGUCCAAUUUGGAAAUAAUUUAUGCUCCGGCAGUUUGAUCUCCAAACGACACAUUCUGACGGCUUCGCACUGCCUCGUCGGCACGGAUUUCUAUUUGAGAUAUGUUAGUCAGGCCCGGCGAUAUUGUUCAUAUGACAUGUAAGUGAGAUACGAAACGAAGAAGUUUGCAAUCAAAAUUCUCUUCCAGUGACCGAAUCUAUGAAGGAGACUUUCCGCAACUGUCGGUAAUCCUGGCAUCUGGAUAUUGGUUUCCUUCGAGAGCCGUUAAGGUUUGCGAGAGUAUUCUUUGAAAUGGAGGUCCCACACAAAGCAAUGACUUUAGUUGAUCCUUUACGGUCUGUGCCAUCACGACAACUGGAAAAGCGACGACGCGAUGAUAAUCGAAAUGGAACAAGACGUGCAACUGUCCGAUUGGACCCAUCCAAUUUGUGUUCCCAGUCAGUUCUACUUCGACUAUCAUCCAGUUCCAUUCCAUUUACAGAAAAUGUGGACCCAAAUCUUCCUGGCAAACAGGUUCAUUUGUACGGUUAUGGACACAAUAGUUGGUUUCAAUUUGUCUGUCGUGCCUCCUAAAUGUUCUCCAAUUCAGAUAGCAUUUGGACUGAUUUCCAAAAUUCUGACGCCCUCCGUCAUGGUUCUUUUCAGGUCAACAAUAGUCAAAGUUUCAGUCGAUAUAGUUAAUCUCCAAAUGUUUAGGUUACUAAAUUCUCGAAUAACUUUUUCCUGGCCGAAGAUGCACUUCACAAGGUUGCCGUCAGACCGGUCAGUUUGAAAAGAGUAUAAAUAAUUGAAGAGAACGAAGAAAUGUUGCAGGGAGACAGUGGCGGAGGAGCUAUUUUGAACCAGGAAGACGGGCGGCCCUACGUGAUCGGCAUAUGCUCGAGUGCCACUGCCGGCAACACUUUCAAGACCAACUUCAUGUCGGUCGGAGUGCAUUCCGCUGGAAUUUGUGUCCUUACUGGAGUCUGCUGA